GCUGCCUCUAGCCCAAGUGGGGUGUCCCUGGGGAGGGACAAUAGGAGGAAGUCUUGCUUCAUGUUCUCUUAUCAGCCUGGCCCCUUAUAAACUAGCAUCCUUCCUCAGAGGCACCAGCAUAAUGGGCCUACUGUGGACCCCACUCUCCCUUUUGUCCUUCUUUCUUGGGGAGCCUGCCUGCUGGAGGACACAGGACCACCCCAGCUGCCCAGAACCCAGGAAACUGGAAGCCAGCAAAGCCAUUCUCUUGCCCAGUUGUCCUGGAGCCCCAGGAAGUCCUUGGGAGAAAGGAACUCCAGGUCCUCAAGGGCAACCUGGACCACCAGGCAAGAUAUGUCCCAACGGUGAGCCUGGUGAUCCAGUGAACGUGCCCCAGGGCUGUGAGGGUGAGGCAGCCUUUGCAGGAGCCAGAACUAGGCAUCAGAUGUUGCUGGGGCCCCAGGAGCUGCUAAGCUGGGAUGCCACCUUGAAAAGCUGGUACCAUCUGUGUCUACUGGAGGGCAGAGUUCUCCCAGUCUUUUGUGACAUGGGCACCACAGAGGGCAGCUGGCUGGUGUUCUAGAGGCGACGAGAUGGUUCCAUGGACUUCUCCCACUCUUGGCCUUCCUACAAAUCAGGUUUUAGGAGCCAGGAGUCCAUAUUCUGGCUAGGGAAUGAGAAUUUGCCCGGUUUACUUGCCAGGGUAAGUUCCCAGAAGGCUCCAGGAAGUCUGAGGGGCAUUCCUCUGACAUAUUACUAACAGCUAGUGCUGGGCAAGUUCUCAGAGGGCACUACAGGGGACUCACUGAGGUUCCACAGUGGGAAGCCCUUUAUCACCUAUGACGCUGACCAUGGCAUGAGCCAGAGCAACUGCAAGGUGACUGUCCAUGAUGCCUAGUGGUGCAGAUCCUGCUCUCAAUCCAAUCUCAACAGGCACUAAGCUAUGUCCAAGGAUACCCACAGCUAUGGAAUCGACUGGGCUUCAGGUCAUGGUGGGAAGUGCCAUUACAGCAGGGUUAGCAUGGUGCUUCAAUCGGGCGCCCUGGAAGCCAGCACCCUUAUCUCUCCUGUACAGCUUCCGGACCUUCGGCUACCCUCCUGAUUGCUAACUGCCUCAGCUCUUCUGUCCACAUUUAAAAAUUAACAUCAUUUUAACCCUUUCCUGGCUUGCAGGACUCUUCCAGGUCCUGGGGAAAUCUCAAGGCAGAGCAGGAACACAGGUUUAGCUCCAUCCAAGGAACCCACCCUCCUGACUGGGAGCAGCCCCCUGGCAAACGGGCUCUGAUGCCAAGUCCCAGGCUCCUGGCAGGCCCAGGAGAAGGCUUUCCAGUUGCACUCCCUCCCUGCCUGCACAGCAGGGCCCUGGAGGACACCCACCCUUCACGUGUUCUGCA